UUAUGGACAUCAGUAGGCAGAUCAUGAAUAAUGCUUGUGCGACCAAGUAUCUAUAUAAGGGACUGAGGCUCAGACACUGUGGUCGUAGCUCAGUGUUAUUGUCUGUAUAGUGAAGCUGAAAGGGGGUUGGGCCCUGUGGGCGCGUCUUUAUGUUGGCCACGUUCGCCAUUUCAGUCGAGACCGGCAACUUCUUCGUAACGGCUGCAAAGGGUAACUGAGAGUGAGAAUCAAGGGCCAGAAUGGUUAAAAUAUUCGUCGGGAAUCUUUCCCCAAACACAACAACAGAGGAGCUUCGCUCUCUGUUCUCUCAGUACGGUAAAAUAUCAGAAUGUGAUAUUGUGAAGAACUUCGGCUUCGUCCACAUGGACGACAAAGCUGAGGCUGAGGAAGCCAUUCGAAACCUUCACCACUACAUGCUCAACGGCCUUGCCAUGAAUGUGGAAAUGAGCCGAGGAAAACCGAAGGCCUCCACUAAGCUUCAUGUGGGAAACAUCAGCAGUAGUUGUACCAACCAGGAGCUGCGGGCCAAGUUUGAGGAGUAUGGCCCUGUAGUUGAGUGCGACAUUGUGAAGGACUAUGCCUUCGUACACAUGGAGCGGGUGGAGGAUGCUAUGGAGGCCAUCAGUGGGCUGGACAACACAGCCUUUCAAGGGAAACUGAUCAGCGUGAAGCUUUCGACUAGCCGCCUGCGUACUGCGCCGGGAAUGGGAGAGAGGACGGGUUGUUAUCGGUGCGGGCAGGAAGGCCACUGGUCCAAAGAGUGCCCGCUGGACCAGAAUGGCUCCUACCGAGAGGGCCCGGGCUCGGAAGGAUAUGGUCCCCCCAGGUUCGGUGGGGGUGGUGGUCGCGGCGGUCGCGGUUUCCAUCGUGGUGGCUUCAAUGGCGAGCCGGGCUACGGUGCCAACUAUGCACCCGCGCACAGCUUCUCUCGGGGAGCCGCUUACCCCAGUGCCACUGGGUUCGGAAGGGGCACGGGCUAUGACGGCGCAGUGAGUUACGGUGUCCCGCCGGGCUACGGCGUUGGUGCGGUGUAUGGCAGUGAGGCGGCGUACGGCAGCAGUGGCGCGGGCUAUGGCAGCGCGGUGCCCGGGUACCCCAUGCGGCGAGCGCCCUAUGACGAAAGGGAUCCGUACGGGGUGGUGGACUACUACGAAAAGUAUCGGGCGCGUCCGUAUGGAGCCGGUUAUUUCGAAGACAGACGCGCCGUCCCUCUUCCUGCCCCUCCUCCCCCUACGUCCUCGACCAUCGCGAGAGACCGCCUGUCCUCCUCUAACCUCGACCCAUAUGAGCGACGCCCCAUCCCCCCUCCACCGGCUCCCGUGUCUUCAUACUAUACCCGCGAUCGGAGCCCGAUCCGACGAAUCCCCGUAGAGGGGGAAGGAUAUUCGUACGAUCGGUCGCGCAUCUCCCCUGUUUCUUCGCUCAACCGGAGUUCUGCGUACGACAUGCCGCGGGACCCUUACGGCGACCGGGCGCGUUAUGCGUUCUAACCUAACACCUGUCCACAGUUAGUAAUGGUCCACACACAGACUGUGUCGUACAGCAAAUAUUUCUCUAAAGUUUAGUGAAGUUUCUGGACUUUCAGGUGUGCGUAGCUUUUUGUAUAAAAUGAAAACCAUACUAACAAGUGAAAUAAUCUGUGGACGAAAUUGAUUUUAGUAGUUUGGCCUACACACGCAAGACAUGAUGGCAGAAAAACCCCAAUAGUUCUUUUAAAGAUUAAUUGGUUAUGUUUUGGAGUGAUACAGAGUGGCACCAAGCAUACAUCAAAAGGCUUUCAAAAUCCUAGCCCUUUACCUGUUCUGUAAAAAUAGAAAAUGGUUGUGGAGAUGGGAUCUUCAGUCUGGCAAUCUUUCAAAGAGAGCUGAGUAAUUGUGAACUAGAUAGGAUUUCGUAAAAAUAUUGCUUUUUUUUCUCUCAGUAAAGGACCGAUUGCUAGCUUCCUUUAUAGACAUGUUUGUACUUCUGUGAUGCUAAAAGACCUAGGCAAAUGUUGUAGAAGUCUCUUGAGCGGCUGUUGGUGACAGUUUCAUUACUGUCUUGAAAAUUUGCUAUAAAAUCAAGUCUUAGAGUAUGCUUGGAAUGUCCGGGACCCAGGGUUGAUUCUGAAUGAUCCUACAGUUCUUGCACAUUUUGUACAUGUGAGCCUUUUGGUGGCUCACAUGUACAAAACUAUACAGUUAAUGCUUCCCUCCAAAUGCAUUCAUGUACCUACGUCACUGAACGGCUUUUUGAAAAUAUGCGGUGGCAGCGUGAAGUCUCGAAGAAAUUUGUGCUUGCCUUUGCUCUCUCAGAUGGUGCUAGAUAAUAGGGGAGAUUUCAGACAAUGACUAACAUUGGGGAGAUAGGUAAAAGCUCCAGAAAAGAAAAGAAAAAACCUGUGUUGUGAUGAUGGUCUGCUUUCUUUACAGAUGUUCCUCAAUUGCACCUCCACAGACGUAGUUAUUCAGUCAUUGCAAUGAAUAAAUUCUGUCUGGAUUGUGAAGUUGCAAACGAUGCACUAUCUACACCAUCUUUUAGC